AUGCAGUGGACCUGGUAUACCAAUUUACUCUUGUGGCUAAUAGUAGCGAAUUCAUGUUUAGCACAACAAACUGCAGACACGGCUGCUAAUCAAAAAACAAAACAAAUUCUUAAAUAUAUAACUGCAUUGCCAAGUCAAGGCAAAGUUCUUUCUGGUCAAUUUGCUGGUUAUAGCCCUGAUACAUUUAAUAUUAAUCAAAUAGAUGAAAUUGCUAGACUAACAGGCCAAACACCAGCUAUUCUUGGUUGUGACUAUGCAUGUGGUUGGAAUUAUAAAACACCACCACAAUUUAUUAUUGAUUAUUCAUGUAAUCCAUCAUUAAAAGAUCAUUGGAAUAAAGGUGGUCUAGUUACCAUAAAUAUGCAUUUACCAAAUCCAGUAUCACUUAAUGGUGGCGGUUAUAAAGAUCGAAUGAAUUUAAAUUUUGUUCAUUUAAUUAAUUCAAAUACAGAUACUGGAAAACGAUGGAUUCUAUUUCUUGAUCGUAUGGCACAAGGUUUAGAUGAUCUACAACGAGCAGGAGUAACUGUUUUAUUUCGGCCGUUGCAUGAAAUGAAUGGAGAUUGGUUUUAUUGGUGUAAUCAGGAUUCAGAAGUAUUUAAAAAUGUAUGGAGACAUAUGUUCAAUUAUUUGACAAAUACAAAACAAUUACAUAAUAUUCUUUGGGUUUAUUCACCUGAUCAGAGUCGAGCAAGUCCAUCAAGAUAUUAUCCAGGAGAUUCUUAUGUUGAUAUUGUUGCACUUGAUGUUUACACUGAUGAUCCAAACUCUAUGAAUGGCUAUAAUGAAAUGUUAAAUUUAAAUAAACCAUUUGCACUCGGUGAAGUUGGUCCAAGUACAACUAAUGAUCAUGAAUUUGAAAGGAUAACGGCAAUACAAUCGAAAUUUCCUCGAGUUGCUUAUUUCUUAGCAUGGAAUGAUGGUUGGUCACCAAUAAGAAACCAAAAUGCUUAUAAUUUUUUCAAUCAUCAACGCGUCAUUAAUCGUGGUAAAAUUAAUUUAGGUGGUGAAACCAUACCUUCAGGAAGUACAAUUCUUUACAAUUUUUCCAAUGGUGUUGGCGAUUGGAGAGGAUCAAAUAUCAUAGGAGGUCCGUGGCAAACAAAUGAAUUUGUUUUCCAAUCAACAAAUAGUCUUAAAAUGGAUAUACAAUUAACUCAAGGUGGUCGUUAUACACUCUAUACUCAACAACAAUCAACUAUUAAAGUUAGUGGACGCAAAAAACUGACUGCUCAAGCACGUGUGGCUUCAUGGGGUUUAGCUAAUAAUAGUAUAAUAACUGCAAAACUUUACAUAAAAGCCGGAUCAUCUUGGAAAUGGUAUGACUCAGGUUCAUUUCAAUUAAAAAGUAACACAGCUACAGCAAUUACACUCAAUUUAAGUCAAAUUCCAAUAGCAGAAUUGAGUGAUGUAAGAGAAAUUGGCAUGGAAUACACAUCAAAUGCAAAUGGUGGACAGACAUCUGUUUAUUUAUCGUAUAUCACUGUAGAAUGA